UGUAUUCUUUGGGCUGUAUUGCUGUACAUAGAAAGACAGGUUGACGUGAUUUGAAGAGAUCUAGUUGUGUGGCUACAGAAGAAAAUGGAAAUCGAAAUUUUAAGCGUCGCCGGUUCUAAGCCGCUUGGAAAAAUACAACUGAAAGAAGAUGCAACGGUAAAAGACGUAAAAGAUAAAAUUCAUAGAAAUAUAAAGAAGUUUCUUUACCCUGACCGUCAAGCUAUCAAAUUAGAAGCAAAGGGAAAAGCUUUGAAUGACGAGGAUUCACUGAAAUCCUUAAAUGUGCAAAAUGGUGCCAAGUUGUACUUAAAAGAUCUGGGUCCUCAGAUUGCUUGGAAGAAUGUGUUUUUAGCUGAAUAUGCUGGACCUCUCCUUGUCUAUUUAUGGGUUUAUCAACGUCCAUGGCUCGUUUAUGGUGCUCAAAAUUCUUCCCCUGGAGCUGUUGCCAAUGUUGCUGCAUUAUGCUGGACUGGACAUUAUGCUAAGAGGCUCUUAGAAACUUUAUUUGUGCACCGCUUUUCUCAUGGCACAAUGCCACUCAGCAACUUGUUCAAGAACUGUGGAUAUUACUGGAUGUUUACCUUAUAUGUGGCAUACCACGUCAACCAUCCUCUAUACACACCUCCAAGUGAUACCUGGUUCUAUGUUGGUUUGACUGGUUUUGUACUGUGCGAAUUGGGAAAUUUGAGCAUUCACAUUUUGUUGAAAAACCUCAGGCCACCGGGCACCAAAGUGCGACGAAUCCCUGUUCCUGAUGGAAAUCCUCUAACUCAACUUUUCAACUUUGUCUCUUGUCCCAACUAUACCUACGAGUUUGGAUCAUGGCUCUUCUUCACAAUUAUGACCAAAUGUGCUCCAGCUGGUUUGUUUGCGGCGGCCGGCUUCUAUCAAAUGGCUGUUUGGGCACUCGGCAAACAUCGCAACUACAAGAAGGAAUUCCCGGAGUACCCUAAAGGACGCAAAGCCAUCUUGCCAUUCAUCCUUUAAGUCAAUAUUUUUUAUUUGUCCCUUCAAAACAUUAGUAGUUAGUUGUAGGGGACCGCUUCUUAGUUUAUCUAAAUCUAAUCUUAUAAUAGCCCCUUUAGCUGUUUAAUAUCUCAUUGAUUGUCCCGUAAAGCAAAAAGCCGUGGUCAUGGUAUUGCUCUCUAAAAAUAUUCUAU